AUGGCCAACCCGAACUCUCUUCCCCUCUAUGAAAAACAUUGGUACAAGCUCAAUUAUAAAAGGGUAACGGAUAGCUUGAUUUUCAUCCUCCUCUUAUCGCUGCUUGGUUAUCGUGUUAUCUCUUUCAACAACUACUCUUUCCCUUGGUUUGUUGCCUUGAUAUGCGAAUCAUGGUUCACCAUCUCUUGGAUCUUGAUAUUCACCACUCAAUGGACUCCAGCAACUAUCAAAACCUACCCGGAACGUCUCUUGGAAAGGGGUCAAGAGCUUCCUCCAUUGGACUUGUUUGUUACAACAGCAGAUGCAACGCUAGAACCCCCAAUAAUCACAAUAAACACUGUGCUAUCUCUUUUGGCACUUGAUUACCCAGCUCACAAACUAGCUUGUUAUGUUUCCGACGAUGGGUGUUCCCCUCUUACCUUCUACGCUCUUCAGGAAGCCUCAAAAUUUGCAAAGUUUUGGGUACCUUUCUGUAAGAAGUACAACGUGCAAGUUAGAGCUCCAUUCAGAUACUUCUGUGAUGAAUCUGAGGCCAACAAUGAAGAAUCAACACCAGAAUUCAAACAAGAAUGGUUAAGGAUGAAGGAUAUGUAUGAUCAUCUAAGCCACAAAAUUGAAGAUGCGGCGCGAAAAUCGAUUGCAUGCCAACUUGAAGGAGAAUUUCCAGUUUUCUCAAACUCGGAGAGAACAAAUCAUCCAACCAUAAUCCAGGUUAUAUGGGAGAACAAGGAAAGCCUUGAAGAUGGUUUGCCACAUUUGAUCUACAUCUCGAGAGAGAAGAGGCCAAAGCAAUCACAUCAAUUCAAAGCCGGUGCCAUGAAUGUUUUGACAAGAGUCUCCGGGUUGAUGACCAAUGCUCCUUUAAUAUUGAACGUGGAUUGUGACAUGUUUGUAAACAAUCCGAAGUGCGUUUUGCAUGCGUUGUGCAUUUUGCUUGAUUCCAAGGGAGAAAAAGAAGUUGCAUUUGCUCAAUGUCCCCAAACAUUCUAUGCUGCACUGAAGGACGACCCUUUUGGAAAUCAGCUGGUUGUUUUGCUUAAGUAUGUGGGGGCUGGAAUAGGAGGACUUCAAGGACCUCUCUAUGGGGGCACUAACUGCUUCCAUAGAAGAAAAGUUAUUUAUGGUCUUUCUCCAGAUGACGUAGAAAAGGGGAACAGCAUAUCAGAGGAGGAGUUAAAACAAAAAUUUGGAGCUUCAAAUGAGUUUAUGAAAUCAGCUGCUCAUGCUUUGGAAGGGAGAACAUAUUCACCUAACAAUAUCAAUACUUCGAAUGCUGUUGAGGUAGCAAGUCAAGUUGCUGAUUGUGGAUAUGAAUAUGGCACUGGAUGGGGCAAACAGGUAGGUUGGAUAUAUGGAUCAAUAACGGAGGAUGUACUGACUGGGUUGACAAUGCAUGAAAAAGGAUGGAGAUCAGAGUGGUGUACACCGAACCCAAUAGCAUUCACAGGUUGUGCUCCAGCAGGUUUUCCAACUUCAAUGACCCAACAAAAGAGAUGGGCCACAGGAUUGCUUGAGAUCUUAUUUAGCAAGCACUGUCCUAUUUUUGGCACUCUUUUUGGUAAGCUUAGGUUGAGGCAAUGCUUGGCUUAUAUGUGGAUCAUCAACUGGGGCUUGGGCCCAGUCUCCGAAAUUUGCUAUGCCUCUCUACCUCCAUAUUGCAUCAUUACCAACUCCAAUUUCUUGCCCCAGGACAUGGGCAUAUGUAUUCCUGUUGCAAUUUUCGUAAUUUACAAGGUAUAUACUUUAUCAGAAUACUUAGGAGCAGGACUAUCAAUUCGAACAUGGUGGAACAAUCAAAGAAUGUCAAGAAUAACAUCCAUGAACGCUCGUUUUUGUGGAUUAUUAAGCGCACUAUUUAAGCUGCUAAGGAUAUCUAACACUACCUUUGACAUAACAAAGAAAGAUCAACCCCCCUCUAAUGAUGGUGGAGAUGAUAAGGAUGCAGCUAAGUUCAUCUUUGAUGAGUCCCCAGUUUAUAUACCAGGCACUACCAUCUUGAUGCUGCAAUUGACAGCAAUGGUUAUCAAGUUGUUGGGGUUGCAGCCACAAAUACCAACUAAGGGUAGGAAUGGGUGUGGAAUAGGUGAGAUGUUUUGUAGUGUGUAUUUGAUCAUGUGUUAUUGGCCAUUCUUGAAGGGACUAUUUGAGAAGGGAAAAUAUGGGAUUCCCUUUACCACAAUAUGCAAAUCAGCAAUCAUAGCAUGUUUGUUUGUACAUUUGUGUAGGACCAAUGCUAAUGUGGUUUAG